CACUCACCAUUCUCUCACACCAGACCCUUAUCCUACCAAAAAUCAAAACACUCAAAACCCUAACUCACAAUGCAUCCCCUCUUCCUCAUCACCUUCCUCCUCAUCUCCUUCACUACCCUCACCUCUUCUCAAUACCCACCAUCAACCCUAACCAUUGUCAACAACUGUCCCUUCACCAUUUGCCCGGCCAUCGCUCCCAACUCCGGCCACGAUGUCCUCGAACACGGCGGCUUCUGCCUCCCCACUCUCUCCCACCGCUCCUUCCCCUCCCCAACCCACCACUGGUCCGGCCGCAUCUGGGGCCGCACUGGCUGCACCCACACCGGCACCCGCUUCUCCUGCGCCACCGGUGACUGCGCGAACCGCGGUGCCUGCGCGACCCGCCUGGAAUGCUCCGGCUUCGCCGGCGACGUCCCCGCCACCCUCGCUCAAAUCACUCUCCACCACGGCGGCCACCGCGAUCUCGUCUCCUACGCCGUCAGUCUCGUCGACGGCUUCAAUCUCCCCAUGACCGUAACCCCCCACGAAGGCCGCGGUCUUUGCCCCGUCGUCGGAUGCCGUGAGAAUCUUCUUUCUACUUGCCCGCCGGAGUUGCAGUUUAGGGUUCCGCCGGGGGGUGGGCCGGUGGUAGGGUGUAAAAGUGGGUGCGCCGCAUACGGAACGGAUGAGUUGUGCUGCCGGAACAAGUAUAACAGCCCGAUGACUUGCCGUGCAUCGACUUACUCCGAGUUUUUCAAGCAUCAUUGUCCGGCGACCUUCACAUAUGCUCAUGAUAGCCCGUCUCUGGCUCAUGACUGUGAGGGACCGAAGGAGCUGAAGGUGAUAUUUUGCCAUUAAUGGCUAUGGGUUUAAGCUUGUCAUGUUCUUUGUGUUGUUCGUGUGGUGUGGUUUGGUUUUGGUUGGUGUUUGUUUUGUGGGUUAAUAAAAUGUGGUUUGAUGCAGGAUUUGAUGGUGUAGUGAAAAUUAGUCAUAUUACAUCGUUUAGUUAGUAA